AUGUCAACGCUAAAAUUUAAUCGGGAAUAUAAAAUUGCAAAUAUUGCACUGAAAAUCGGCCGAUCUAGUCCCUAUGCUACUUAUGAUAUUUGGCAUAAAAUUAAUACUUUCGUUUAUGUUUUCGUCAGCUGUUUUUGUUUUGUAUUCCUUACUUAUUCAAUCAUUUUUCACGAUAUACCCAAGCAAAAUUACAGUGAAGCUACUAAAAAUGUAUUAAUGAGUAUCAUCGCAACUAUAAUAGUGUUUAAGUUAAUAAUUCUCUAUCACCACCGUCUCUCUGUUAUAAGAUUGAUACAAAUAAUGGACGAAGAUUAUGAAGCGGCGCAGCAUUUCCCGGAAGAGGAUAAAUUCGUUAUACUUAAAUAUUCUCAAAAGGGGAAAAGUAUCUGCGUAAUUUGGUGUUUUAUAGCUGGAUACACGGCUUUAGUAUUUCCCUCUAAAGCUAUGUAUUCUAUGGCAUGUUCAUAUAUCAACGGAGAGUUUACAUUGGUUCCGAUGUUUGAUAUGACUUAUCCUCAGUUUAUUAACGAUCAUAAGUAUGAGCCGUUUGUCUAUUGCCUCUUGUUUCUUGUUACAUCGUUAUUUGCUUUAUUUGCGAGCUCGAUGUACAUUGGCUUUGAUCCCUUGGCGCCUAUUUUCGUAUUACACACUUGCGGUCAGCUUCACCUGCUUAGUCGAAGGAUAUUGAAAAUUUUUGAUGAAAAUUGUCAUCCAAGUGACGUGAAGAAAAAUUUAAAGAACAUUAACAUUAAAUUGGCUUCUAUAUACAGUUUUGUUAAGGAAGUGCAGGAUGUAUUUACUGUAAUGUUUGAGUACAAUUUGAAAAUAACUACUAUUUUAAUCCCCAUGGCUGCUUUUCAAAUAUUUGAGUCAUUACGACGUUAUGAAUUUAAUGCGGAAUUCACUGUGUUUUUCUUUGGAACUCUCUGUCAUUUUUACUUUCCCUGUUAUUACAGUGAUCAAUUGAUGGAAACGAGUGAAAUGAUGCGACAAGCAAUUUACUCAUGUGGUUGGGAAAACAAUACUAGUAUAGAAAAUAAAAAAAUUAUAUUAUUUAUGCUGACAAGGACAACAAUACCGCUGGUUAUCCGCACUAUAUUCUAUCCAAUUUGUCUUGACACGUUUGCAGAGAUGUGUCGUCAAUCCUUUGCAAUUUAUAAUAUUAUGAAUGCGGCAUGGGUUUAG